CGGGCGCUAAGGGGCGGGGUUUCGUUGCGCCGCGCGCAAGGCUGGGGCAAAACCCGGCCCGGGAUAGGGCGUGGGGCAGCGCGUCGGGACGUCCCUCGCGUCGGGCCCGAAGGCGCUUGCGCGCGGCGCGGCCGGUGGGGCUGCUGGGGGGCGGGGCUGGGGCAAGUGUGGCCUCUUUGCCUCAUUGUCCCCUAGCGCCGCCCGGACAUCGCGCAGGUCGCCGGCACCAUGAAGAUCUGGACUUCGGAGCACGUCUUUGACCACCCGUGGGAAACUGUUACAACAGCUGCAAUGCAGAAAUACCCAAAUCCUAUGAACCCGAGUGUGGUUGGAGUUGAUGUAUUGGACAGACAUGUAGAUCCCUCUGGAAAGCUGCACAGCCACAGACUUCUCAGCACAGAGUGGGGACUGCCUUCCAUUGUGAAAUCUCUUAUUGGUGCAGCAAGAACCAAAACAUAUGUACAAGAACAUUCUGUAGUUGAUCCCGUAGAGAAAACAAUGGAACUUAAAUCUACCAAUAUUUCAUUUACAAAUAUGGUUUCAGUAGAUGAGAGACUUAUAUACAAACCACAUCCUCAGGACCCGGAAAAAACGGUUUUGACUCAAGAAGCCAUAAUCACUGUGAAGGGAGUCAGUCUCAGCAGUUACCUCGAGGGACUGAUGGCAAGUACGAUAUCUUCAAAUGCUAAUAAAGGCCGAGAAGCAAUGGAAUGGGUAAUACAUAAGUUAAAUGCUGAGAUUGAAGAAUUGACAGCUUCAGCAAGAGGGAGCAUCAGGACACCGAUGGCAGCAGCAGCAUUUGUAGAGAAAUGAUGAUCAAAGUUGAUACACAACACCCAGUCCCCCAGGUCUCUACAAGCUGACAAGAUAUUUAUUUGUUAUUUAAAAAAUACAACUAUAUUUUAGGUAGAAUUUUUUUUUUAAUAAGCUGGAAAAAGGCUCUGAUUUUUGAUCAAAACAAAGAGGUACAGGUUUUCUAAAUAAAAGGGAUCAUCUGAAAGUAGUGUUGUUUGAAAUGACCAUCUAAUUUUUAGGAUUCCAGUAUUUACGUGAAAAUUUAACAGUUUUUGGAAAUUGGUUUUGGCAUAUUAAAUCUCCUUAAGGUAGAAUUUUAAAGCUUUUCAUGCAGUGGAACUCUACCUGGCUUUGGACCAACCCCAGAGCAGAGCCUCCUCUUAAAUACACACAGUUGCCCUGCUGCGGUAAACUGCAGGAGCUUGCAUGAGGGAACUCAUUUUAAAAAAGGAGAAAUUGCGUAGUUUUAAAGGACAUUGAUUUGUAUAAAAUAACUUGCUCUGCUAUAAACCACCAUUAAAAACCAGUGUUUUAAUUUGGUACUUAAGUGACAUUUUUGGAGUGAAAAUUAUCACUAAAGUAAUAUAUGAUUACAACAAAAAUAUGAUUUUAUUGUAUCAAAGAGUACUGUAUUGAUUUGCCAAAGUUUUAUAACUUAGUAAAGGUAUUACCUUCCUUGGAUUUGUACUUUGACUUGGUACUUAGUAUGCUGUACCGUGGGUUGGUUAUGUUAACUGGAAAAAUAAAGUCAUUACCGGAAUUUUGCAGUACUCCAAACUUAAACAGAAGAACAGCUGUUCACAUCUUUUAGCAUUUCACAUUUGCCUAACUUAUAAAUUGCCAUGUGUCAAAAUCAUGGUUCUGUAAUUGCUAAAGCAUGAUAUGUCAGGUUAUUUGAAUAUAAUUACUUUUUGAAAUAAUUGUGACCACAAAACAGCUUUUUUAAAACAUGAAGAGCUGUACAUCAUUUGAAAUUACUCAAAUGACGUCUUGAUCUGAAGCAUAAAUCCCAGGUACUUAGUGUUUUUAAUGAUGUGCCACUGUGGUGGGUGGGGGCGGUGGGGAGGAAAAAAUAAUAGGGAGAACAAAAGCAUUGACCUAAACUAACCACUACGUGAAUUACUUUGCAGCUUUUAUUUAUGGGAAAUCCUUAUUUUAGAUUCUGAAAGGCAGCUGCAAUCUCAAAAACAAUCCAGUAAAUGUAUUUUGUCUCCUAUUUUGUAGCAGGCAGAUAGCACCCAGUAAAUCAUAUCUUUGAUACCUGCAGUUGUUGCACACAGAGUAUUUUUCUUAAAAGGUGAUGAGCUCUUGCCUUUAUUUUACAAUGCUUCAUAUGAUAAACUUCUAAUCAGGUUUCCUGUAAGAGAAACCAGGUAACAUAUGUACAUAAACCACAGAAAUAGUAUCCAAACUAUUUAAAAAUUAGUGUUUUUCUACUUAAAAUACUGUUUAGCUUAAGACUUCUUAGGGCAUUUGUGAAAAAUAAAUCUAAUAAGGUUUUGAUUAUUUUUUGUAACCAGACAUGGUUCUUAGAACUGAAGUAACAUUUCAUCUAAACAAAACAUUGCUAAAUAUUGAAUUUGAUAAAAACUUGCCUUGUAUAAUUUUUGUAAAUUGUUCUGAAAAAGGUGUAGUGCCCCAAUGAUAAAAAGAUUUCUAAACAAAUUUUUAUCUUGAUUUUUUACUCUGAUCUAAUGAUAAAAUUGUGUAAAUUUUCGUUUUCCAAUAUAGUUCUUUUAAUUAAAUAGCUGGUAGUUUGGGCUUUUACCUGUUAAAAUACAAAUACACAGAAAGCAGAUGCAUUUGAGAGGACUAAACUGGAAUAGCCUUGGUAGAUUAGACUCGAACUGUGGAGCAUCUUAGCCUAUUUAAUAUUAAAAAUGGAUCUUACAUGAAUUAAGAAAAACCUUUCUUGUUAAUAAAAACUUCAUUUUAACUAC